AUGAAGCCCAUCUCGCUCCUCUCCCUGGCCUCCCUGGCCGCCGCAGCCCCUACUGGCCCUGCGGACGGAGCCGGCCAGCCGGGUCUCACGGUGCCCAGCGGUGUCGUGCCCUCGAGCGUCCGCGUCCUGGGCAUCUCCCUCCUGGGCUCCGGCUGCCCAGCGGGCACCGCAGAUGUGCAGAUUGACGCCACAAAGACCCUCAUCGAGGUCACCUUCUCCGAGUACAUCAUCCAGACGGGUCCCGGCACCAAGGCGGCCGACUGGCGCAAGAACUGCAAGCUCACGCUCAACCUCGAGUUCGACCAGGGAUUCCAGUUCGCGACGCUGGCCACCGACAUGAGCGGCUUCGCGCAGAUUCCCCAAGGGUCCAAGGGCCUCUGCACCAACACCUUCGACUUCACCGGCGUCCAGGGCAAGACGUCCUACUCGCUCGCGCUGCCAGGCGAGCGCGAGGGUCCCUUCACCCUGUCGGCCAACCCGGACGUCGUCUCGUGGUCGCCGUGCGGCGGCACCACGGCCAUCAUGAACAUGAACACCCAGUGCAACAUCUCGCCCACUCGCCAGCCGGCGUUGAUUGCCCUCACCGUCAAUAUCUCGCUCGACUGGCAAAAGUGCUAG